UCCUCAGACGAUAUGACCCGCCGUCACCCUCACCAGACCUGAUUAUCAUGCCAGACACCUUCACCUUCUCUCUCUCUCUCUCACUCCUUCCCUCUUUGUGAGCAGUUAUAAUAGGAUGGAGGGAUGAGUGACAGAGAGAGAGAGGAGGAGGAGGAGGAGGAGAUUCAUCGGGGAAGAUCUGAGACUCGUCCUGUCAGAAAGUAAGAGCGAUGAAGAGGCAGAGACACGAGACAGAAAGUCGUAUCUGGUGCUGCAAAAAAAAAAAAGAAAAUUGACCUCGACUCUGUUCACGAUCGAACUCAAUCACAAACGCUAAAACAAAAGUUGCUGCCAGUGUCUAAACAAAACCAUAAAAAUGUUUAAUAUUGCUGUAAUAACUAUGAGCAGAUACGUAUUGCAAGAUCAGAUAUUUUGGUGGAAAAUAAAAGAACUACAUUGUCUACUAAAAACAUUCAGUAUCAACAUUUUUGCAACUUUUUUUUUUACAACAUUUCGCCAUUUCUUUACCCUUUAUUUAACCAGGUAAAAGUCUUGUUGAGAUUAAAGGAUAGGAGGUCAGGUUUGGGUCUUAAUACAAUACUUUGGUGCCAUUAUGUAGGUGGAGAUGUGUCUUAUUCCUCUCUGAAGCUAAUUCCCUUUCAACUACACUGUAAGUUCAGCUGAUGCUAAUAUGAAGCUUCAGCAGCCUCAGUUUGCUAAAUCAAGUCCAAAGUUACAGCCUGUCCAGGAUGAAAUUCUCUCUUUCUGUUUCCUCAGAAUGUAGUUCCUUGCUGAGCCGCGGCGGAGGGAUACAUUCUAGUGUAGAUUCACGGCAAGAACCGCAUGCUAUGUAUUUAUUUACACACUUCACACCUUCUUCACCACCUGUUGUCAGCUCAACUGGUGACAUUUUCUCUCGCAGCAUUUUUCUCAUCACUUGUAGUUUGUAGUUUCACAACACAGCAGAUAAACACAGACUGAACUAUAUUCAUGUCAAGCCCAGAGGCAGCAGCGAGUCGAGGAGGUCUGGAGGACAACGAGAGCAGCUAGAGAUCGAUCCCAAGACACUCAAAGAGUUGGAGCAGGUUGUUACAUAAAAUAUUAGUGUCUAACAACACAGACUGCAAAAGCACUCCAGCUACCAAAUCUGAAGAAAAUAAAUCACUUCAGAGUUUUUCUCUGAGCGUUUUGAGUCGUAAAAGCCAGACAACCUCAACAGACUUACACAACACUACCAGAACGUAUCCCUCCGCCACAGCUCAGCAAGGAACUUCAAGCAAAGGAAACAAAAAGAGAUCCGUUAAAACCGGGCCAACAGGGCAGCAUAAACACCGUGACAACACACUACAAACAAGUCAACACAAAAUCCAGAGUAAAGACAAGAUGUACGGACAGGCGGUGGAAACAAAUCUGGCCUCCAAAGACAGUCACUGGGUGUUUGUGAAUGAGGAGAUCAGCGAUACUGAGAUCCUGGAGCUUACCCACAGUGCACUGGGGCGCAUGACGGUCAUCCGGCAGAUCUUCCCCAUGUGGAAGGACAGCAGCGCCCGCUGUAUGAGACACAAUCACCGCAUCUCCUCGCUGCUGUGUGACCCGCAGGAAGGAUACCUGCAGAACCUGGAGGUGUCUAACCUCUACCUGUACGACAGCGUGCUCAUGCUGGCCAACGCCUUCUACAGGAAGCUGGAGGACAGGAAGUGGCACAGUAUGGCGAGCCUCAACUGCAUCAGGAAGUCCACCAAACCGUGGAACGGCGGCUGGUCGAUGCUGGAGACCAUCCAGAAGGGUAACAUCACAGGUCUGACCGGUACGAUGGAUUUUAAGGACAGCGGCUCCAACUCCCACGUCCAGUUUGAGAUCCUCGGCUCCAGCUUCAGCGAGACCUUUGGCAAGGACAUCAAGAGGCUGGCUACCUGGGACUCAGUUCACGGACUGAACGGCAGUCUGAAGGAGAGCCGUAUAGAGAACGGCAUGCAGGGAGUGACGGUCAAAGUGGUCACUUUACUGGAGGACCCCUUUGUCAUGGUGGCAGAGAACAUCCUGGGGCAGCCGAAGAGAUAUAAAGGCUUCUCCAUCGAUGUCCUGGACGCCCUCGCCAAAAUCCUGGGCUUUAAAUACGAGAUCUACCAGGUGGCCGACAGUAAAUAUGGAUCUCAGCUUCCCAACGGCUCCUGGAACGGCAUGAUUGGUGAUCUCAUCAACAAGAGAGCUGACCUGGCGGUGUCGGCCAUCACCAUCACACCGGAGCGCGAGAACGUGGUGGACUUCAGCAAGCGUUACCUCGACUACAGCGUCGGCAUCCUGCUGAGAAAACCCGAAGAAAAGAUCAACAUCUUCUCUCUCUUCGCGCCCUUCGACCUCGCCGUCUGGGCCUGCAUCGCCGCGGCCAUCCCCGUGGUGGGCGUGCUCAUCUUCCUGCUCAACAGGCUGCAGGCGCUGCGCUCCUCCUCUACCCAGAAUGCACCGCCGGGCCAGCCCUCCAACGGCGUGGGUUCAGGCAGUCUGCACAGCGCCAUCUGGAUCGUUUAUGGAGCGUUCGUACAGCAAGGUGGGGACGGUGUGGUCGGUUCGGUGGCUCUCAGGAUCGUCAUGGGCAGCUGGUGGCUCUUCACGCUCAUCGUGUGUUCGUCGUACACCGCCAACCUGGCUGCGUACCUCACCGUGUCACGCAUGGACCACGCUAUACGGUCGUUCCAGGACUUGGCGCGGCAGAUCGACGUGGACUACGGCACGGUGAGGGACUCGGCGGUGUACGACUACUUCAUGAACAAAGGCACCAACCCUCUGGAGCAGGACAGCACCUACGCCGAGCUGUGGAGGACCAUCAGCAAAAACAACGGCAUGGAUUACUCCGUGUCCAGCCCGUCGGAGGGCAUACGCAAGGCGAAGAAGAGUCCUUACGCCUUCCUGUGGGACAUGGCGGUGCUGGAGUACGCAGCCCUGACGGACGACGACUGCACCAUCACCGUGUCGGGAAACGGCAUGAGCAGUAAAGGCUACGGCAUCGCCAUGCAGCACGGCAGCCCCUACAGAGACCUCUUCUCACAGAAGAUCCUGGAGCUGCAGGAGAAAGGUGACCUAGACAUCAUGAAGCAGAAGUGGUGGCCUCGCACCGGCCGCUGCGACCUCAACAGCCACGCCACCGCCCACCCCGACGGCCGCUCCCUCAAGCUGCACAGCUUCGCCGGCAUCUUCUGCAUCCUGGCCGCCGGCCUGCUGCUGGCCUGCCUGGUGGCGGGGCUGGAGGCUUGGUGGAACAGCAACCGCUGCCGCCAGGAGCAGCCCAAAGAGGUUACUAAGGAUUACAGACUGGCAAGGGUUUCUGGUCCAUUGACAUAUAAUGACAUUACAACUGCUUCAUCGGAGGGGAGAAGGGACAUUUGGACAGACAGAGAGAGAGGCUGGGAUGAAGCAGAAGCUAUUGAUACAGGACAAGGAGGUGAAUCUGGAACAGGUGCAUCGUCGUAUGAACAGUCUUUUGGACGAGGACUUGGCCCACAAGCAGAUCCCCGGCCCCUCUAUCGAGAUCUCUGCGCUGGACAUCGGCAGCAUGCAGCCCAGCCAGGCCUCUCUGGUGCCGGGGCCGGAGUCCAGACGGGACUUCCCGCCCUCGGGCCUCGCUGUGACCACCUUCCUCCCCGGGGAGGGGGUGCCGCCUCCUCCUCUUCCCCACCCUCACCAUGGGGGGACCCUAGGCAGGACACUACCCCCGUCCCAGGGCCCUGGCAGCACCACGUUGCCGCUGCACCACCCGCUCAGCAGCAGCAGCCUCAGCGGCACCAUGCAGUGCAAACACAGGGCUCCCAACGGGGGGCUCUUCCGGCAGAGCCCUGGCAAGACACCCAUGCCAGUGUCCUACCAGGCAGUCUCCGCAGGACCCAUACCCGAAGCCAUUGAUGCCACCCACAGUACAUCCAUAUAGUGAUAGGAGGGGCGGCGGGGACGGGGAAAGGUCACGGGGUCAAACUGCAUCAACCAUGAGUCGCUCUCUCUCUCGAGGCUCUGAUCCAGUUUUGGAUGCGAGGUGGGUUGGGGAUCUCUAGAGGAAAAUUAUGAUUGAAGGAAAGAAACAUGUACAAAGUAAAAAGAUUUUGUAUCUCACUAUCUGUUCAGAAAAGGCGAUGUUAACGAAGAAAAAAAA